UUAAAUGGCUGUCGCUUGAUUGUUUGCCAAUUAGCGUCUUUUUCGUUAGUUUAGUUAGUUUCUCUGUUUGACUGUUAAAAUCGUGUGAUUUAUUUAUCUGAAUAAUUAGUAGUGUAAUUUUUCAUCACGGAACCGAAAGUAUACAUAAUGGCUGCAGUCCAAGGUGCCCCGGGCAAUAAGCAAUGGCCGAGACCGGGCGUACAACAUCAAAAUAGUCAAAAUAAUGCUAGUCUGACUCUGAAUAGAUCAAUAAAUUUAUAUCCACUAACGAACUAUACAUUUGGUACAAAAGAACCGCUAUUUGAGAAAGACGCAUCAGUGCCGGCUAGGUUUCAGCGUAUGAGGGAAGAAUUCUCAAAAAUUGGAAUGAGAAGGUCAGUGGAAGGUGUACUCCUGGUCCACGAGCAUGGUCUACCACAUGUGCUGCUGUUGCAACUUGGGACUGCUUUCUUCAAGCUGCCUGGUGGAGAACUGAAUCCUGGAGAGGAUGAAAUAGAGGGGUUGAAGAGGUUAUUAACAGAGACACUCGGCAGACAGGACGGGGUGAAACAAGAGUGGCUGAUUGAAGAUACCAUAGGCAACUGGUGGCGCCCUAACUUCGAGCCCCCGCAGUAUCCCUACAUCCCCCCGCACAUCACAAAACCGAAAGAGCACAAGAGACUAUUUCUAGUGCAACUACAAGAUAGAGCUCUAUUCGCAGUGCCGAAGAACUACAAAUUGGUUGCAGCACCUCUGUUCGAGUUAUACGAUAACGCUCAAGGAUAUGGACCCAUCAUCUCGUCGCUGUCUCAGAGCUUGUGUCGAUUCAAUUUUGUAUACAUGUGAGGUUGUCUGUGAGAAAUCACCUCCUAAAUAGGAACAGUCC